UUCCUUCCAGGAGUGCACUUACACAUCGAUCCUUUAAGCCCAUCUAUCUUCCCCCAUCUUCACCUCGGUCCGUGCCUUACGGAGAAGAGGACCCACUUUCGCGGAGCAAUUACCUGUUUGGGCAAUGCUGCCGUGUUGUGACAUGUUUCGGAGCAAAACUGCCGACUUGAACUAGCUCUGAGAAACAUUUGGAUAUCGGAGAAGCAGGAGAGGGCUUGAGCGGAGGUGGGUACAGUUGUUUGAGAGAAAUGUCCAGGCAAAAGAUUCACUUGCUGACUGAGCAGAAUGGCAUUGAGAGCGGUGUACUAGACGAAGUGCCGAGAAAGAAACAAAAGAAAGAAAUUGAAAGUGAAAUUACAGACGACGGUGGAAACGAAAAUGAAAAUGAAAAUGAAAAGGGAAAUGGAAAUGGAAAGGCGGAAGAGUCAGAUGAGUUUGACGACUUAGAAGAUACUGUGCGGACAGAAACAGUUGGCCUGAAAUAUACGGACAGCGAUAUUUAUUUGGACACGGUUAAUCGCAAAGUUCUCAACUUUGACAUGCCGUUGAUAUGCAGCGUAAGUCUUGCAACUACAAACAUACACAUCUGUCUCGUAUGUAACAGGUACCUUCAGGGAGCAUCAUUAUCCUCUCCUGCGUUUACGCAUGCGGUAGAUACUAAUCAUCAUGUGUACAUCAACACCCAAACGUCUAAGUUCAUCAUUUUGCCAGAACAGCUGGUAUUAUCAGAAAAUCGGUCAAAAGAUCUACGUGACAUACAGCUGUUAUUGCAGCCAAAAUUCGGAAAGCAGCUGAUUUCGGAGCUUGAUAGCCGGCCUCUUGAAGGAAAGACUAUGGCAGGCGAAGCUUACGAUGUUGGAUUUGUUCCUCUAGUGAAUGAUUAUAUGUCAGAUAUUAUUGAUACGAGGUUCGAUGCCAAAGAGGGUAAUUCUAUACUGAAACACAACACACUCUACUACGCUCUUUUGCAUCUGCCAUUAGUGAGAGAUCAUCUACUUGAAUACAAAAAUUCAGAAUCAACGCCCUUGUCGAAUCAACUGUCCAAUUUGACAAAGAAAAUUUGGUCCCCUUACCUUUUCAAGAAUUUCACUUCAUCUUUUGCGAUUGAAUAUUAUCUACUGUCGUGCCGGCUACCGACAAAAAUUCUUGACGAUGUCCGGCUGUUUUACACAUGGAUAUUGAACACUUUGAUGAAAGAGAACAAGAAAUUAUACAAAGAUCUUUUCACCGGGAAGCUUGUAAGCAAGGGCGGUGCAAAACCAAUAAAGUUUAUCAAUCUCACGGUAAAAUUACCGCAACAGUCCGUUUUCAAAGGCAGCACGUCUUUAUCCAUCGAACAGUACGACUUGAUGACGCUUAUCAAAGAAAAAGGAUAUCAGGUCCUCAAAUUUCCCCAGUAUCUAGUCAUUUACAUUGAUCGAACUAAUGACGUACAACUAGAGGGAAUUGAACAGCAGUUGAACAAGAGCAUUGUCAAGUUUGACCCAAACACCCUCCAGUUGAAUGAGCGGACUAAUUACAAGCUUCUUGCCAAUAUCACAGACAGUAAGGUACAAGUACUCGACAAGUCGAGGAAAAGAUGGAUGGAGUUUGACGGAGUCGGUGUGAAAGAGGUGGAGAAGGAGCUUCUUUUCAUUGCCAACUCUCAGCUACAAAUCUGGGAAAAAUGACUUUCGGUUUAGAUAAUCCGAUUCUUUUGUUAUUUGGUUAUAUAGCUAAUCUAUUAACAUUACUUGUGA